UACACGUUGGUAUUUUCCCAUCUCUGAGGCUUUUACAAAUUGUCAUCCAAUCAUAGAACUCUUCAAAAAUAAAAAAAACUGAAAAUAUUUAUUUAUUUAUAUUAAAGGUUUUUACAAUUUUAAUUUACACAAGUUAAAAUCGUAGUUAAAGAAGUGUAAAUCUGCAGCUGUCGAUGGGUGUAUUGAUGUAAACAAAUGAAAGUCUAGGGUGAAUGAGAAGAAGAAGCAGUAAGAAAACGUGUAUCCAAUAUUGCGUCUGUGUGUCGGAAUUUUAGUGAUUAAGCGCGUUUCUGUGUAAAGAAUUAGCAGAAAAAUAUUGUCUAUUGUUUUAAUGAGGAAGAAUUCAAUAAUCACAACUAAAUCUGAACUUCCAUAGCCUUGGUGACGGAUUAUCGGUGCAUUUCCUUAAAUUCUUAACGUCUUUGCUAAACGAAAUACCAAUUGUGUAUAUCUUGUAAAUACAAUACAACAAAUGUGGUAUUGUUAGAAUUCCACAUUUUACAUCUUCUAUUACAAGUUAAUCUUUGUAUAUGUUAGAAGAAUACACUUUUGAUGACGAUUUAGCAACAACGAUAAAAGUGUGCUAAGAAUUGUUAUAAUUUUUAUAAUCAAAAUGAGCUCUCCAAUUGUUACUCGCCGCGGUGCGCAAAAAUCUAAAAUACAAACUCGUGCAAUGGUUAAGUCUGCAGUCACAGCAAGCAAGCCGAGCGCAGCACUACUCGAAGCUAAACGCAAAGCUAAAUUACUUAAGAUGCAAGAACAAAGUCAACAGGAUCAAGUGGUGAAGGAUAUCUUUCAAAAUGCGGUAACUGCAAAAACAAUGUUACUAAAACCGACUGGCAUCGUUUAUGAUGAGUCGAUGGCACUGCAUCGUUGUCUUUGGGAUGAUAAUCAUCCAGAGAGGCCAGAACGUUUUACACGUGUGUUGGAGAGAUGUAAAGAAUUACAAUUAAUAGACCAAUGUCAAAGAAUACCAUCACGUCGUGCAACAAAGGAGGAGGUGCUUCUCUUACACAGCGCCGAACACUAUGCACUUCUCCAACAGACAUCCGGUGUGCACGAUGAGCCGGCCAUGGAAGAUUUCAGUUCACGUUUUGAUUCAGUUUAUAUACAUCCGUCCACAUUUGAGCUGUCCCUAUUGGCUACCGGUUCGACGAUUGACUUAAUUGAGAACAUAAUUAGGGGCAAUGUACAAAAUGGCAUGGCAAUUAUACGACCACCCGGUCAUCAUGCAAUGAAGGCUGAAUUUAAUGGUUACUGUUUCUUCAACAAUGUGGCCAUUGCAACACAAUACGCUUUGGACAUUUUGAAGUUAAGCAAGAUAAUGAUUGUCGAUUGGGAUAUACAUCAUGGACAGGGUACGCAACGAUUCUUCUAUAAUGAUCCGAGAGUACUGUACUUCUCUAUACACCGUUUUGAACAUGGCAAAUUUUGGCCAAAUUUGAAAGAAUCGGAUUUUGAUGCCAUCGGCUAUGGCAAUGGUUUGGGUUAUAAUUUUAAUGUACCUUUGAAUAAGACUAAAAUGGGUAAUGGUGAUUAUUUGGCAAUAUUCCAACAAUUGGUCAUACCUGUUGCAGUGGAAUAUCAACCGGAAUUGAUAAUUAUUUCGGCUGGUUAUGAUGCUGCUUUAGGCUGUCCGGAGGGUGAAAUGGAGGUGACUCCCGCAUUUUAUCCACAUUUAUUGAAUUCAUUAAUGAAAUUAACACAAUCACGUAUCGCCGUUGUGCUUGAGGGUGGCUACUGCCUGGAUUCUUUGUCCGAGGGUGCAGCGUUGACAUUACGCACACUACUUGGCGGCACAUGCCCAACGCUGGUAGAGAAAUUAGAGCCACCGUGCGAUGUACUGCAAGAUACAAUACUCAAUUGCAUUUAUGCACAUCGUCAGUACUGGCGUUGCUUGCAAAUUCAACCAAUGUAUACUAUGGAAGAGCUAAAUAAUGUUAAUCCACAGCCAAAGUUGCAUAAAGUCAGUCGACUGUUCAUUGGCGGAGAGCCAUUGCCGGAACGUUUUCCCACUAGAGGCACAGCGCCGAUCACAAUACCGGAAGUAGUGGCGCAAAAUGAGAAGCGGUUGAAAUAUCUUAAAAGUGCAACCAAAUUAUUAGCACCAAAAGUACGCGUUUGCUAUGUUUACGACGAACAGAUGCUGCAACACAGUAAUACCUUCGAGGAGGGCCAUCCCGAACAGCCGGAGCGUAUUAAGCGCAUCUAUGAAAUGCACACCGAUUACAAACUCACCGAACGCAUGCAACAAUUGCCCAUACGCAUAGCAACAACAGAUGAGAUUUGCUUGGCGCAUACUCGUGCGCAUGUCAACUUUAUACGGCGCAUAAGCGAUAAGGAUGAGCUACAGGGCAUGGGUGAGAAAUACAAUUCUGUUUACUUCCAUCCGAAAACAUUCGAUUGUGCCACAUUGGCAGCGGGUUCGGUGUUGCAGGUGGUUGAUAAAGUGCUUAAAGGCGAAGCACGCAGUGGUGUGUGUAUUGUGCGCCCGCCAGGCCACCAUGCAGAGCCGGAUGUGCCACAUGGUUUUUGCAUUUUCAAUAAUGUUGCCAUCGCCGCGCAAUAUGCUAUACGAGAUCAUGGACUUAAGAGGGUUUUAAUCGUUGACUGGGAUGUGCAUCAUGGUAAUGGCACACAGCAUAUUUUCGAAACCCAAUCAAAUGUGCUCUACAUUAGCAUACAUCGCUAUGAUAACGGUACAUUCUUUCCUAAAAGUAAAGACGCUGACUACGAUGUUGUUGGCAAAGGUGCAGGUGUUGGUUUUAAUGUCAAUAUACCAUGGAAUAAGAAGGGCAUGGGCGAUUUGGAAUAUGUUAUGGCCUUCCAGCAGCUCGUCAUGCCAAUCGCUUACGAAUUCGAUCCAGAAUUGGUAUUGGUCUCAGCUGGUUUUGAUGCUGCAAUUGGUGAUCCUCUCGGCGGCUGUAAAGUAACACCCGAAGCAUAUGGUCUCUUCACACACUGGCUUUCGGCUUUAGCCGGUGGCCGCAUCAUACUGUGUUUAGAAGGAGGCUACAAUGUUCACUCAAUAUCCUACGCCAUGACUAUGUGCACAAAAUCUCUACUUGGCGAUCCAAUACCACCUAUACAAGUUAACGGUAAUAUGGCGCGUGGACUUAGCGCGGCGUAUAUGAGUUGCGUGGAGACAAUUCAAAAUUGUUUGAAUAUUCAGCAGCGUUACUGGAAGAGUUUGGUCUUCAACAAGCGGUUGCCACAAUCCGCAGGCGAAAAUAAUAAUGAGGAUUUUCUUUCUGCUACUAUGAAAAAUUUAGAUAUCACAACGGUUGAGUCGAAAGGCGUUAUUGGCUGUGAAAAUGUCGCCGAUACGGCAGUGGCAUUGGAACCGAGCGGCAGCAAGCCGAAGGUAAAAGUUAAAACACUAACCGAAUUUAUCAGCGAAAAUUUAGAGGCUUUGCAAAAUAACGAAAUGUUCGCCGUUGUUCCAUUAAAAACAUGUCCUCAUUUAAAACAGUUGCGUCCCGAGGAGGCGCCGAAAACCAUAGACAGUAAUGCACCUUGCGAGCUGUGCUCAUCAGCGGUCGAGAACUGGAUAUGUCUGAGCUGUUACAAAAUACUCUGCGGUCGUUAUGUUAUGGAGCAUAUGCUUAUGCAUAGCCUUGAGACAACACAUCCCUUGGCUUUGAGUUUUAGUGAUUUGUCGGUUUGGUGUUAUCUCUGUGAGGCAUAUGUAGAUAAUAGUAAAUUGCAUGUAUUUAAAAAUCUAUUACAUCGGCAUAAAUUUGGUGAAGAUAUGGUGUGGUCAUAUCCAGAUACAAAAUGCAAUAACAAUAAUGGCCGGCCUGAUGGUGACAGUAAUAGAGAUGAUGACGAUGACGAUUGUGAUGAUACACAUGUAUUUAGCAUACAACUUGAAGAUGGCAACUGACAAUAUCUGUUAUUACUGCUGACGACAGUACAAAAUUAUUUAUGUACAUCAUUUCCACCACUUAGACAUGCUUUUCAUUUUAUUGCCCAGUACCUUUGGCCGUUGAUCUAUCGCCUAUAUAUUAAAUUGUUGUAUUACUUUAUAUCGAGUUGAUGAUUUAUAUAUUAGUCACAUUUAAUGCGCAUUUGUAUGUAUGUAUGUAUUUAGGAAGGUAAUUCCAAGCACUCAUAAAUAUAUCGAUUGUAAUAAUAACAUGUUGGCUUAUAUAGUCUUUCUAAUAAAAAAAAAAUAUUAAGUAUUUUCUUACAUACGCUAACCAAAGAAUUGAAAGCAAAUAUAAAAAAAAAAAAAAAAUGAAAAGUUACUAAAUUAAAAAAACUAUAUACUAUUAUGUAUGUAUAAAUCAGAAAGCAGAAAAUUUAUUUCUUACAAUGUUAUACAUAUAAAAAUAGGUAUCUUAUAUACAUACAUACAUACAUGCCUAUCACUUUUAUUGUUAACCACGCAUACAUUUCGAUCUUUUCUUGAGCGCUAUGGUUGCUGCUAAGAGAUUACAAAAA